GUCACACAGUCACUAGUUUCGGCAACGGCAACUUGCUCAUUUUCGCAACAUUACCUGCUGUAUUUUUACCCUUUUCUGCAAAAUGCCUGCGGGUGACGGCAUCUGGCAGCUUUUCAUCAAAGGUGUGAGUGGUAAGACAACAAUUGUGACGAUCCACAAGGACGCCACAGUGGACGAGUUGAUCAACAAAAUCAGUGAGAUGAAUAAAAUUCCUGCGGAAACCCAGCGCGUCCUCUACGCAUCCAAACAGCUUGAGUAUGGUCAGAACAAGUAUCUGUCGGACUACAACAUGGAGGAUGAGUCCACUCUCUUCGUCGUGCUGCGCCUCAGGGGUGGAAGCAACACCGUGGAGGACUUGUCCCCUCCGCCGAAGCAACUGGACGAGGACGUGGAGACCACCGAGGCUCCUGACAUGAUCAGCUGGGAGGAUGACCCCAACACGCCCCGAGCCAAGAUGUCCUGUGGGCACGCAAUCACCCCCGAGACACUCACCACGUUUUGCGAGAGUCUGCUGAGUGCAGGAAAGUACGUCUUCAAGUGCCCUUACAUCAGCCCAGGUGGGACGUACUGUGGCAAGGAGUGGACCUAUCUGGAGGUCCGUCGUCUCGCCGUCCUCAUGGCGGACGAAAAGAAGCAGUUCGAGACCAAAAUCUCCGACAACUACCUGCGCAAGGGGAUGGGAAUCCAGGAGUGCCCCAAGUGCCACUCCCUCUGUGAGCGCAUCAACAAGAAGCACAAGCGCGUGGUGUGUCCCCUGUGCUCGGCCUCUGACGGCGUGGAGUUCCACUUCUGCUGGCACUGCCUCCACCAGUGGGUCGGAGGAGGCAUCGAGAAGUGCGGCAAUGACAGCUGCGGCGGUGAAGACCCGCGUCUUAAGAUCCUCCGCGACUGCAAGAAGAAGACCAUCGUGGGCGUGGCUAACUGUCCUGCCGUCAGGGCCUGCCUGAAGUGCGGCAUGCUUAUUGAGCAUGAGAAGGCCUGCAAGCACAUGGAUUGUGUCUGCGGUCAGAAGUUCUGCUUCAUCUGCCUGAAGCCCGCCGUGAACGGACACUACCAGUGCGGCAUGUACAACAGUCCGUGCGAGGUCGCUGACGUGCAGAAAACCAUCCCUGCAGACAACUAAAACGGAUUCCGACCCUGCUGGCAGAAUAGAAGUAAAUAAAUUGAUACAACCAAUAGCAGACAAAAGGCUAAAUAACGGAUAAUUUGCGAUAUUUGCCUCAUAAUGUUGUUUCUAAAAGUCCGACGCCUUUAAUGAUUGGUAUUUUCUUAGCAUACAUACAAAAUAUGUAUGCAUUUGGACUAAAAAAAUGAUCCAGAUUGAGCAUCAAAUAGUUUUUAAAAAUUAUUUAUCUGGAUUAAGAUAUCGAAUCUGAGUUUCUUUAACGAUUUCGUAGGUACGCCGACAGAGCGAGGCCGAAGGGCCGCUAAGAAAACUAGGCCGGGAACUUCAUUGCCCUAGUGCAUAAAUAUACUGUUAUUCCUUGGCAAGUAAUGGGAAUUUCAUUCUAGUGAUGUAAGUACUAACCGAAAGGGAAAUUUACCAUGCAUCGACGCCAAAAUCUACCUUAUGCAUGCAAUGCAUUCAAUCUACCUAAUUUUAUGGUUAAAGGAUAGGGCUUUUACACAUGGUUUGGACAUCUAUUAUUACCUCAAUGAUAUGUCAUGGAGGUUAUAUUUAUCUCAAAGAAAAAUGGAGGUAUUGUUUUUGGCGCGUCUGUGUGUGUGAGAGAGUUUCCGAACACACACGUUUGAUAACUUCAUAACGCCUUUAUGGAUUGUGAUAAUAUUUAGUAUGCUGGUAAGUCUUAGGAAAUUAAAGGUCAAGGUCAAAUA